UGUAAAUAUAAAUUUUGAAUCAUUUCAGUUCCGUGCGGUAAAAUGGUGUGAGCUUCAGCGCAUAUUUGUAAGCCAGUGUACGCGUUCCAGAGCGUAUGUCUGUGUGUGUGUUUAUAGUGUGGUUAUAUGUUUUGAUCUGUUGCUUACGAUUUUGAGAUCAGUAUAAAAAGCGGCGUUCUUCGAAGAGUAUCACCACAAAAGUUCAACGUCAAGUGUGUGUAGAGCAAGUGCGCUGUGUUGCAAGGUAUUUUUUGAUCGUUAUUUUUGCGUUUUUUUGGUGUAUUGAUCUCUCGUGUUUUAAACGCCGCUUAUGGUUUUAGAAAAAAUUUCUAAAAAAUAAAAAAACUAUUACGUAAAAAUUAAAAAAUUAUUAAGUUGAAAUUAAAAAUUUUAAAUUCAAAAAUUAUAAUACAAAAUUCGAAAAAAAUAUUUAAAAAAAUUUCACCGACAACAUGAAUCUCGCUUCGCUAUAUCACCGCGCCAGCGCUGUGCAGCGCCGCGAUUCGAAACAAAUCUUUCAAGAAUACAUCAAAGUCAUGAAAUGGCGCGCUGACGGUUUUGACACGAUCAUCGAUAUCGGUUCCGGUUCGGGUAAUGUGCUUAUGGACUACAUAUAUCCGCUGCUGCCGCCUACAUUCAAAACCAUUUUGUCUACAGACAUCUCGGCGCGUAUGGUGGAAUUCGCGCGCCAAAAUUACGGUUAUAUUAAGCGUGCUCAGUUCGAGGUGCUCGAUAUAGUCUGUGCAGAGUUGCCACUGCAACUUUGCAAUCGUUUCGAUCAUGUCACCUCGUUCUAUUGCCUGCAUUGGGUGCAAGAUCAAAAACGCGCCUUACAGAAUAUCCGUCAGCUGUUGCGCGUGAGUGGUGGUGAUUGCCUGCUCGUGUUUCUCGCAAAUAAUCCCAUAUACGAUGUGUACCUGGAAUUGGCGAAGACGCCAAAAUGGCGCGAUUAUAUGCGUGAUGUGCAGCAGUUCAUCUCACCGUUACACAGCAGCAGUGAUCCAGGUGCGCAGUUCAGCAAGUUGUUGGAGGAGACGGGGUUUGUGGACUACACUGUAGAUAUACGCAAUGAGAUAUACGUUUAUGAUGGCACACAGAAUGUAAAAGAUAAUGUGAAGGCGAUUUGUCCCUUCUUAGAGCGUAUGUCGCCAGCUAUGCAGGAGGACUUUCUGGAUGAUAUUGUACAGUGUGUGGCUGACAUGAAUCUGCGCGAAGCCGAUAUCAAUACAAAAGAUUUCAAAUUUAUUGCGCCGUACAAAUUAGUUGUGGUCUAUGCGCGAAAGCCGAACGAAUUUUUAAGCACAAUGAUCGAGGUGCCAGAGCGUGCGACAAAGCGUUUGAUGUGAUUGGAUUAGCAAAAGUAGCUAAAGUUUUAGAACAAUUAUAGUUUAAUAGCUUAGUGACAUUAAUCUAGUUUGUAAAUGUGCUUCCAAUUUAUUUCAUUAAUGCAUUUAUUUUAUUGAUGUGUUUCAAAGUAGUUAUAACCUCAAAUUUAUAUGUGCUUUUUCACAUCGCUAUUAAAAGAUAAGUUGCAGCAGUAAAUAUUUGAGCAAAUUUGAUAUUAUAUAGAAUAUAUAUUAUGCUAUCUGUGAGGCUUUUACUGCCUUCGUUGGCGGUAUUUCACUACAAAGUUUUUCAGAAAGUUUUCAUGCAUAAACUUUAUUGGCGCUUUCAUACAGUGGUUUCAAAAUUAUCGCACGACAGAAGAUGUAAUUAAGCAGUGAAUAUUUUCUUUUGAUUAUAUUUCAUAAUUAUCGAUGUGACUCAACAAGAUAACGAAACUAAGUUAAGAAUUAAAAUUAUUAUAGUUCAAAGAACCUUCAGUCAUUCGCAUCGUAAAACCCCAAACAAUGAAUCAUCUCGUUCAAAACUAGCUGUUAUGCAAGAAUAUUGUUGCUGGGUACGAAAAAUGUUUCAGUAAGGCAGCUAUUAUGUCUUGCAAUGUUUUUAGUCUCCGAAAACAUCGAAUUAAUUAGUUAUACUCUAUAAAAUCCCACUUUUUCUGUUCGGUCGCGUCAUGAGCAAAAUACGAGACCAACAAAUUUUGUAGCCGAAAGAGAAGAAGGAGAAGUCAUUUCUUGGAGAGAAAAGGUCGUGUACAAAAUUUCAGAUUAACUUCUCAAUAACUAAGGGACUAGAUCGUGUAUAUACAGACAGUCAGACGGACAUGGCUAAAUCGACUCAGCUCGUCCCGCUGAUCAUUUAUGUAUAUAUUUUAUAGGGUCUCCGACGUUUCCUU